AUGGAAAAGGAGGCGAUGCGUCCAAGCAAGAAGGCUCGCGGUCGCGGGACCUCCAUCGACUCCGGCGGGCUGACGGCGCUCGCGCUCCGCUUGGCCAACAAGUUUUCCAGUAGCGAGGAGCACAAGGACCAGAAUAUCAUGUUCUCGCCGUUGUCCAUCUACACCGCGUUGGGCCUUGUGGCGGCCGGCGCCCGUGGCACCACCUUGGACGAGCUCCUAGCGGUUCUCGGAGCCACGUCGCGCGACGAGGUCGGGGAGAUCGUGCAAGCCGUGUCAGAGCGCGCCCUGGCCGGCGCCGAUCACCCUUCAGGGCCGCUGGUCGUUACCUUCGCAUGCGGCGUGUGGUGCCAGAAAGAUCUGUCGCUCAAGCCGGCGUACCGGCAGGCCGCUGUCGAAUCCUACAACGCGGAAGCACGGGCCGUCGACCUCAUUAGUAAGUUUAAGGAUGCAAGAAAGGAGAUCAACAGCUGGGUCUCGAAGGCCACGAAGAACCUCGUCACCUCCGUCCUCCCGCCUGGCUCCGUGGACGUCGACACCAGGGUCGUGCUCACCAAUGCCAUCUAUUUCAAGGGCGAGUGGGAGGAGGCCUUCCUCCCGAGCCGCACCAAAGAGCACAGGUUCUACCGUCUCGACGGCAGCGCCGUCCACGUGCCCUUCAUGUCCGGAAUCGGAGGCGGCGACUACCGGGUAGGCUGCCACGACGGGUUCAAGGUGCUCAAGCUCCCUUACAAGCAGGCCGCGAAGGGCGCCGGCGCUCGGUACUCCAUGUGCGUCUUCCUCCCAACUGCGCGUGAGGGUCUGCGUAACCUUGCUGAUGAGAUGGCAUCCGGCGGCUCCGGCUUCCUGUUCGACCACAUGCCCAGGUGGACUAGGAGCGUGACCGAGCUCCGGCUCCCCAAGUUCAAGCUGUCCUUCUUCUGCAGCAUGAAGAAAGCUCUCAAGAGCUUGGGGCUCCGGGCGGCAUUCAGCACGGACGCCGAUCUGUCUGACAUGGUGGAGGCCAACUCCGGCGACAUCAACAUGCGGGUGGAAGAUGUGUUUCACAAGGCGGUCGUGGAAGUGAACGAGGAAGGCACCAAAGCGGCCGCCUCCACGGCCGUCACCAUGGUCCUUGAGUGCGAUGAAGAUCCUGAACCGCCUGUGGAUUUCGUCGCGGACCAUCCGUUCGCGUUCUUCAUAGUUGAGGAGUUGUCCGGUGCGGUGCUUUUCGCCGGCCACGUUCUUGACCCUUCUACCAACACCGAGUAA